CGUUUGUCAUCCCCCCACCCCCUCCCCUCCUCUCUUUCUUAGGGUUCGUCACCGAAUCGAAUCGAAUCGGAUCAGGAAGUGUUUGUUUCUAGAGAAUCCGAGAAGAUUUAAUUCUUCAAUCGGCUUCUCUGACUUCUGCUUUCAACAUGCCAAAGGAGAGAAGGGAUCGUUCUGUUUCUCAUGAUAGGUACUGGCCAUCUCCAUUUUCAUGCAGCUCUAGUCGUGCAAGACGAUCCUCACCGAAAAUUCCAUUAGAAACCAAGGAAAAUUUAAACGAAUGGGAAGAAGCUAGGUGCCCUGUCUGCAUGGAACAUCCUCACAAUGCAGUUCUACUAAUCUGUUCAUCUCAUGAAAAGGGAUGCCGCCCAUACAUGUGUGACACAAGUUAUCGCCACUCAAAUUGUCUUGACCAGUUCCGAAAGUCAAUUGCAGAAGCUUCAUCAACAACGCCAGGCCAAGAUGACACUCAACUUUCAACCACACGCUUGUCUUCUAAUGAGACUUCAGAAUCAACAGUUACUGAGGUGCAAGAAGAAAUAAGUGAGGAAGUGCACCCCACUUUGCUCCCCGGGUCUUGUGAGAAUCAGGAGCAGCAGAAGUUGUUCUGCCCCCUCUGCCGUGGACAGAUCAAAGAUUGGAUUGUUGUGGAGCCUGCUCGUCAUUUCAUGAAUGCAAAAUCAAGAAGCUGCUCCUGUGAGACAUGUAGUUUCAGCGGCACCUAUACGGAUCUCAGGAAGCAUGCUAGGCUUGAGCAUCCCCUUGUGCGCCCGUCAGAGGCUGACCCAGAGCGACAGCGUAAUUGGAGGAGGUUGGAGCGACAGAGGGACCUUGGAGACUUACUUAGCACACUCCAAUCUUCAUUUGGAGAGGACAGGGGUGACGACAACAUUUUACCCAUUGACGAUGGGGGUUGGCUGACUGUAUUCUUUCUCAUUAGAGUUUUUCGACCAGGAUCUAGUCCAAGAAGUGGCAGCUGGUCUGGUAGCUCGAGAACUAGAGCACAGCUGAGCAUUAGAAGGAGAUCCACCCGACUUUGGGGGGAGAGCUAUGAUGGUGAAACUGGAUCUUCUUCCAGAGAUGAGGACAAUGACUCUUCAGAUGGUGGCUCAGGUCCUUGGAGGCGCCGGUUGCGGCGGAGGACAACCCCAGAUCAACAAUGAUUGCAUAACUAGUGGGAUCUGUUUGAUUGUCUUUGUCUCAAGGUAGACCGAAGGGAAGUGCAUCAGAAUCUGUUCUACUGUUCGUGGGACAGUUUUGAUUGAAGUUGCUGCUGGGGGUGUGGGUUAAAAAGUGGACAAAUUGUAAUUUAUAGAGAAGCUUUUAAUUAAAUCAUAUUUCUUUCUCUAGCAGCUUUCUUUCAUUUUGCCGUAUUUCUGCUGCCGUUAUAUCAAAGCUCCCCUUUGAACUAUCAAGCUUGUAAUAAAUUUGUUAAUUGUUGCUUUCAAAGAAUUGCUACUUGGGCUGUUGCUAAGGUGUAAGGUCCCAUUACUCAGGCAGCAGUGUUCACGUGUUAUCAUCCA